CAGAAAAACAACCUAGAAACACAAAACAUAGAAUGCCCACCCAACUCACGUCCUGACCAACUAAAACAAACAAUGAACACAAUAACUAGGGUCAGAACGUGACACUGAGCAAUGCACAACAAUGGGUUUUGAGCGCACAAACCUAUUGACAGCGUGCGACCAUAAACUCUCAUGUCUACUCUCGUUUGCAGGUGAUCAGCAACAAUCAAGAGGACAUCUCUACCCCACAUUAUUAUCAAUAAAGAAAUGUGCUUCUCAUCAUCAGUAAAUCAUUGUCAGUGUCUGGUAAUUCAUCAUUUCUUUAGAUCAAGUGAUGGAGCUCAUAUGUUGAUGAUGCUGCUGGACUGUGUGUUGCAGCUGGCCCGGCAGUUCUCUGAGCCUCUGCUGCUGCGGCUGGCCAAUGAGGUCUACGCUUCAGACUAUGGCACCUUCCUCUGCAACAGCGAUCAGGAGAGUUGAGACGUGUGACACCUGGAUUAAUCCGUUGUCCAGACUCCUUAUAUCCACAGUCCUUGUCCAAGAAUAUAGUCUAUCCACACUAAAUCCGCAUCUGUCUGUACCUUUCCACUUGCUCUUCAUCUGUCUCUCUCUAUUGUUAGGUGUGCUGCAGGGGCAAAGGAGAGUACGCACUGUCUGUUCCAGUCCCUCCUGAGGCCCUGUGAGAGGAGCACUACUCUACCCCCUGUUUGAGCCUACUGAGCUGGUAAUCUGGCCCUCCGUCCAGCCACAGUCCCUGCAGCUCUGGAGAGGGUCAACAGCUCCACAUGCUACCGGGUAUGCGGUUCUGUAUGCCCUCCGCGGCAGCUCUAUUCGGAUCGUUGUGCCAUGGCUGUCGCAGCCGGGCGCGUAGUUUGUCAUUCCGGGGCUGUAGUUGGUCGCCUCGACAGAACAGCCGGCGGAACAGUCAGGAUUCAAUUCAAUCUACUGCAGAGAACCCACGAAUUCUCAUCACAGGAGGCCUUGGCCAGUUAGGUGUGGGGCUUGCAGAAAUCCUGAGGAAACAGUACGGAACAGAAAACGUUAUCCUAUCGGAUAUUAAAAAGGCUCCACCAGAAGUGUACAGAAGUGGCCCGUUUGUGUAUGCUGACGUGUUGGACUAUAAGAACCUCAGAGAGUUGGUGGUGAAUAACCGCAUCACCUGGCUGGUGCAUUACAGCGCUCUACUCAGUGUUGUAGGAGAGGCCAAUGUGGCCCUGGCACGCAAGAUUAAUAUCACAGGCCUUCAUAAUGUGCUGGACCUGGCUCUGGAGAGCUGCUUACGUCUCUUUGUCCCUAGCACCAUCGGAGCUUUUGGCCCUUCUUCUCCCCGUGACCCCGCACCUGACCUGUGUGUCCAGAGGCCUCACACCAUUUAUGGGGUGUCCAAAGUGCACGCCGAACUGAUGGGGGAGUAUCUUCAUCACAAGUAUGGACUGGACUUCCGCUGCCUACGCUAUCCUGGCAUCAUCUCAGCUAACACACAGCCUGGGGGAGGAACAACAGACUAUGCUGUCCAGAUUUUUCACGAUGCACUCAGCACAGGUCACCACGAGUGCUAUUUACGCGCUGACACACGUCUGCCCAUGAUGCACAUUGGUGACUGCCACCGUGCGACUGUGGAGUUCAUGCAUGCCCCGGAAUGCCAACUGUCGCUGCGCACGUACAACAUCGCUGCCAUGAGCUUCACCCCCGAGGAAGUUUCCACGGAAAUACGCAAGCACCUGCCCCACCUCAAGGUCACCUAUAACCCUGACUCUGUCCGCCAGACCAUUGCAGACAGCUGGCCAGUGAGGUUUGAUGACUCCAAUGCACAGAGAGACUGGGGCUGGAAGUCGACCUAUGGGCUUGAGGAGCUCGUCUCAGACAUGCUAAGCACCAUCCAUGACAAGAAGACCAACGCCGGACUGCCAGUCAGCUAGCAGGCCCCACUCACAGAGACUGACCUGCCAAUCACUAUUCCCUUAAAUCCACUUCAUUCUGGGUCUGCCUAUCACAACAGACCCUCUUUAACCUUAGCAUAAUUUCCAAACCAGGAACCUUUUGUAUGUCAGGAAUAUUCUACCAAUAAACCAGGGACUAUUUUCAAACCAGGAGUCUUCAGCCAGAACCACUCAACUUGCCACGACAGUGGACACUGAAACCACACACACACACACACACACGGUAGGCAGCACACGCUCUCAUAGUAGCAGCCUUACUCAUUACAGUCAAUCAUUUUCUUCUGUUGUGACUUUCUUCAGUUUCUGUUGUUUUAAUUGUGAUAGAGAUCAUUUAAGUAUCAUAGCAGGUUUAACAUAAGCUUCAAACCUCUGGGGGAAAUAGGCUUCAGGCAAAUUAUUUGACAUAUAGUUAAGUCAAAUCAAAUUAUGUUUGUCCCAUGCGCCGAAUACAACAACCUUACAGUGAAAUGCUUACUUACAAGCCCUUAACCAACAAUGCAGUUUUAAGAAAAAUAAGUGUUAAGUAA